UUGGGAGCGCGAGCUGUCUGUCCGUUCCAGUGCUGUGCUUCGUCCGGAGGGGCGGGCGACUCUCUCCAGCGGCUCAUACAGACAUGUCGGACUUCGGGGACAAAUUCAGCUCGUACUCCUUGACGCAGUUAAACAACUUGCUGGAGGACGACGACAAGCUCGACAAAAUUGUCCAAGACAUGGAGGAGGUGCAGAAGGUGCAACAAACCAAACAGAUGACCCUGGCCAGCAACAGGAGCCUGGCAGAGCAGAACCUCCUCCUCCAACCCAGACUGGACUCCCAGAAGAAUGAGCUCACAAAGCGUUACCAGCAUCUGCAAGACCUCUUUGAGGCCUUCCAGCUUCGCAAGUCCACUUUAGACUACCAUUCUGGUAUCAACUCGCUGGACACCCUGCUUGCUCUGCUGCAAACAGAAGGAGCCAAGAUUGAAGAGGAAACUGAGAACAUGGCAGACUCCUUUCUGGAGGGCAACGUAUCCUUGGACACCUUUGUUGACGAGUACCACAGCAGGAGGAAACUGGCCCACCUGAGGCGGGUGAAGAUCGACAAGCUGCAUGAGGUGGUGCUCAAGGGCCACCGGCUGACCCAAGCACAGCUCGCAGCCCUUGCCACCCACCCCCAGGAUCCAGCUGCUUCCGCCUCCUUCCUCCCGAACAGCGGCAGCUCCCCUGUGCCUCAGCUCAGGAAAGCCCCCACUCUCCAGCCUACACAGUUGGGUGCCUCCCAGCCAGCAUCAGAUGCCUACUCAGGCACACCUUACCCCUCGAUUCCUCCCAGGGUGAGCUACCCGCAGCUUGGUUCCACCCCAAGCUUCCCAUCACCCUCAGUGCCGUUUGUGCCCCAGUACCCCCCAGCACUGCCGCAGGGCCCACCCCCUCGCCCAGCUUUACAGCCGGGCUUUAUCCUGCAGUGAGGCAGCUGCAGGCCUGUGAAAAGACAGCAUGUGUGGUGGCGGAAGCACGUCUCCUCGAGGAGGUCUUGUCCUGUGUUCGCCUGGGUACCCCAGCCUUGGCUACAGCAAAACUAUAACUCCUUGGUUUGCAUUUCCUUCUAAUCCUAUCAAGGGGAAGGGGCUUGAUCAGAGUUUUCCUUUCUAGCCAGAUUACUUUUCCCAUUAUUCUAUUUUAACAACAAAGAAAAAAACAAUGCUUUAUCAACAGGGUGUUUAUACAUAUUCCUACUUUGGUAUGGGACAUUGAAACUUUGAAAAUGUGAUUUAUUUAUUUUUUUUUCCCCCCAGUUUUGGUGUCUGUGCUGCGUGGAUAGAGAAGAAUUUAAAAUUGUAUUUUUUACCGUAAAUGUUCCGAUUUUGUGAUGGAAAAAGUUUGCAUUGGUCUAAGCACACGAGGCCACAAAUAGUUGUAGAGCGUCGCAGAGCCCGUGGCUAAAAUAUGCAAACAUCACCACAGGCCUGCUGUGGUGAGUUACAGAAUUCAUUUUUAGGAGUUUAAAUAUUUUUGAUCACAAAGUUAGUCAUACAAGCCUGCAGCCAAAGAUACUUUUAUUUUACUGAACUGUUUUUGUUCUUUGAGUAUUUUUUAACGUGAUAAAGAAAUAUAGAACUUUGAACACUUUAAAUCAGUUGAAAACUGGAUUAUAAAUAUGAAGGUUUCAAUGGCAGAGUUACUUGGGAUCCACGAGAGAAGUAGCUUGUUAUUUGUAUGCAUAAUAGAAGUCCGUAUUAUGCCAAAUUACUCACUCUGGAGAUGCCGAAGGGCAUUUCUCAACGUAUGGAAAACUGCAUCUGAGAUUCUCCUUCCUGCCCGCUGUCUUAACUAGUAAAGCUGCUUCAGGGACGCACAGCAAACAGCAGUUACUCCUGUCAAUGAAGAGCAUGUCCUGUGGUCCACGGCUCUAAGCCCUGGUCCCUGCUGGGGCUCCGGUGGAGACGACGAGAGAGAGGUGCUCUGUGUACUUGUGCUCCUUUGUGUGUGUUUCGGUGUGUAUUUGCACUCUUCCUGGUGGGGUUGUCUGCAAAGCUGCAGCGGGACCACUCGGCAUGUCCCAGGGGAAACAACCGCUGUACCUGUGGGGGGUCUUGGGCUCUGAUAUUUGCCAACUGACCGCAGUGGGCUGCGGGGGAGACUCGGUUCAACUAUACACUCCAGGACUGAGAUGUGUGAGGGCAUGAUUUGCCGAUAACUGUCGCGCUGCAGUGACACUGAGCAGGCAAUGCAGGUUUUAACUACCUAUCGACAUUUUGCCUUUGCUAUUUAUUAUUUUAGGAAUGUUUGAAGCAACAUUUUAAACAUUCAUGUAUGUUUAUAGACUUCUAAAUUUCAGAACUGCUAAACAGAUCUGGAAUCUUGGGAAUAAACAUCUUAGACAAUUUCACUUCCUUUCUCAAAUAUUUUGCACAACCUUCUUCCUGUGAAAAUUAUUUUCUGUUUAGUACUAUGAUUUAGUGGAUCACCUUUGAUUAUAGGACUGCUGGUCCUUGGUAUGUAGCGCCAGUCAAAGUGUGAGACCCAAUGCACAUCUUGCACUGAGCUUUACAUCUCUGAAUUUCUCUGUCGCACUGACCACAUACACAAGGCCAAAGGCCUUUAUGAGAUUUUCUCCAUUUUCAGUUGGGACAUUCUGUACUUCAAAAAUGCUGUUUAUUGUCAUACCUCUCAACAUAGAAUUUUCAAAUAAUGCUUGAUAAAUUACUUAUUUUUCUAAAGAUAUGUAUUUGACAAUUUCUGUGGGCUCAAACGUGAUUCCGCAGCAUGACUCUUCUCUCAGAGCUUACGUCCUGCCUUGAGAAAACGGUACAGUGGUGUUUCCCCAAGCUGCUAUGCAUCUUUAUAGCUACGUCUGUUUCUUUGCUCCUAAUCAAAAGGUGUGGUAAGUUAAACCUUGAUGAGACAUUUAAACAAGUGGCAUCACUAAACAGGAUUCCACUACCACUGUAACUGGCUUUCAUGUUUCUCCCCCAGACUGAUGUUUGGUUGCAUUGACACUGUGCCUACAUGGAGCAGGUUGACAGAGAUGGGCCAUCUGUUCCCUGUUGUUGCAGGUGGUUUCAACUAAAGAUUGGAGUUGGCCAGAGGUGCUUUCUUAUCAGCUUAUACCAGUCUCCCUCACUCUGGGUCUUGGCAGCCCCCCUACAUCAGCAGGGGCUGACUUACCAUAGCACUGUGACUGCGAUGCUGGCAGUGCCCCAGCUGCUCUGUUCUGACCCACAGCGGGGAGUUUGUGGAGCAGAACAGUAUGGCUCUGCCUGCCAGCCAGUCCGUCAGUGCAUCAGUCAGGAAUCCACUCUCACAACCGGUGCUACUGAGACUGAAUAUGCUCAUCAGGGUCUGGGUCUGCUGAUUUCCACACAAGGGGCAUACUGACAUACCCCGGCUUGACCGUUCUCUUGGGGUCACCGGAUCCUUGUGGUCAAUCAUAAGGUCGGAUGCUGUUGCAUUAUGCUAUGCACGGUGAAUGCUCUGCAACACUGUCUAUGUACAACACAGAUAGGAAAUUUAACUAUAAGCGUUCAAGGCAAAGGCUGGGUUUUACUUAAGUGUGGACAGAAAAGAAAGCCAUUUUUUUGAAGAACGAAACCUCAUUUCAAUGUUUGCCAAACUACUUGACUGAAACCAGCAUGGUUCAAGUGUGGCUAUUAUCAUCCUUGUAUGUUUUUACUAUAAUUUACUCUGAGAAAUGAGUCAUGAAAUGUCUGCUGUAGAUAUUUAGGGGAAAUAACCUUCAGUGCUCUGCAAAUAAAGAGCUUGGAUGAAAAUAUUUGCCCUCAAAAACAACUGUUUUGUAAUGUAAAUUAAUCUGGUACGCUCCUAUGUGAUAUGUUGAUUGUUAUUGUAAUAGUGCUGUACAACUAAUGAAGAUUGUAGUG